AUGCAGCGUGGCUUUGCGACCGGCGGCACUUCAAGCAACUUUGUGAAGCUUGUCGAGGUUGGACCUCGCGAUGGACUACAGAACGAGAAAAAGGUCAUACCGCUGGCCACUAAGAUCGACCUGAUCGAGCGACUAGCCAAGACGGGCUUGUCGACCAUUGAGGCCGGGUCCUUUGUCGCGCCGAAGUGGGUGCCACAGAUGGCCAACUCGAGCGAGAUACUGGAGCAUAUACUACAGAAGAAGAUCCAGUCCCCUGUGCCUGUGUCGUAUUCUUUCCUGGCGCCCAACACCAAGGGUCUGCAGAAUGCGGCCGCGCUGUUGGCGAAGAACCCCGACGCCUACUCUACGCAGAAUAGCCCUGCCAAUAUCCACGAACACAUCAACAAGCCCGCGGUUGAGAUGGCUGUCUUUGCGGCGGCCACGGAGAGCUUCUCCCAGAAGAACCUCAACUGUGACAUCAAGACCUCCCUGGAGCGCUUCAAGGAGGUGAUCCAGGAUGCCAAGGGGAUGGGCAUGCGUGUCAGGGCCUAUAUUUCCGUUGUGCUCGGAUGUCCGUUUGAGGGCUACGACGUGGACCCCCACCGCGUCGCCGAGAUCGCGACGGAUCUGCUCGAGUCGGGCGCGGACGAGAUCUCGCUGGGCGACACGACGGGCAUGGGCACGGCGCCACGCACCAGCGCCCUGCUCAGGAGCCUCUCCGCGGCGGGCCUCCGGACGGAGGACAUUGCCAUGCACUUCCACGACACCUACGGCCAGGCGCUGGUCAACACGGCCGUGUCGCUCGAGCACGGCGUCCGGAUCUUUGACAGCAGCGUCGGUGGUCUAGGCGGGUGCCCGUACAGCCCUGGCGCGACGGGCAACGUCGCCACGGAGAACAUGGUGUACUUUAUGGAGACGCUGGGCAUGGACACGGGUGUUGAUCUGGAUGCUGUGGCUGAUAUUGGAGCGUGGAUCUCGGGCGAGUUGGGCAGGCCCAACGACAGCACUGUCGGCAAGGCGGUCCUGGGGGCCAGGGCCAGGGACGCGGCCACUUCAAAGGCUAAGCUGUAG